AUGUGGGGGAGCACUGCAGUGCUCGCCGCCACCGGUAAUGUUACACUGCUCUCGCGCUCUCUCCGCCCUUGCCGAGAGACAGGUGUUCGGAACACAUGCCUUCAUCAAUGAAGGCGCUUGGUUAAAAAAGAAAAAGAAAAAAAAGUUGACAGCGCCGUAUCGCCUCUGCGUCGCCGAUGGAAUGUGCCUAAUACUUACCCUGUAGCCUUAUGUCAACCGAUGGCAAACUUAGGCGACUGCGUGACAGAAAUGGUCAGAUUUGAAUCAUGCUGUUCGAAUUACGCAGUGCAGUGUAUAUUUAUUUAUUUUUUUCGAUGAAUGAUGGAACUCGCCGUUUCGACAGCCUAGGAGCUAUCGUUGAAUCGUGGCGUACAUUGGAUUCGGAUAUUCAUUUGUGGGAUUUUAGGAAGAAACUUGCGUAACGUUAUGGCUUCAAGCUCCGCUAAAGCAACGCAGCCCGCUGGAGCUUGCAACGGGACUGCAGCAGACUUCCCGAACAUCGAACAGGAGCUAUAUGACUACCAGAUGCACACAAAAAUGUGCAAGAAAAUUGCACAGCUUACAAAGGUGAUCUACUCCCUGAACACCAAGAAUGAGGAGCACGAGGCGGCGCUCCUGUCCCUGGAGGAGUCCCACCAGGAGGAGCUGCGGCGGGUCAUGGAUGAGGCUGAGCGCAGGGGCCGCCCCGUGGAAGAGGAGGAGGAGGUGGGAGGAGGCGAGGGGGAGCUGAGGAGGCGCCUGCAGGCCCUGGAGGGCUCCCUCGAGGAGCAGCGGCAGCUGAACUCGGAGCUGCGAGCGGAGUUCGACGCCUACCGGGAGGAGGUGGAGGAGCGGGCCGCGGCGGCGGCCGUCUCCGAGGAGGAGCUGGGCACGAGGAGGGAGCUGGAGGCCAGGCUGGAGCAGCUGGGCAGGCUGACGGAGCAGCUGGAGGAGGAGAAGGAGGAGGCGCAGGCAGAGGCCGAGCGAGCCAAGGAGGAGGCGCGCCAGCUGAGGGAGGAGCGCGAGGAGCUGAGCAGGAGCGCGGCGGGCGAGCUGGCCCUGCGGCAGGAGCUGGAGGCCCUGCGGGAGGAGAACCAGCGCCUGGAGGAGGCCUGUCGCAGGACGGUGAGCGAGCUGGAGGAGGUGCAGAGGGAGGAGCAGGAGGCGCUGCGGAGGGGUCUGCAGGAGGCCCUGGCGCAGUGGCAGCAGAGGGAGCAGGAGCAGGAGAAGGCCCAGCAUGCUUUGCUGCAGGAGAGGCUGGCCAGGAUGCAGGAGGACCUCGAGGCCACCACAAAGAGGCUGGCAGAGUCCAAGAGGCACUCCCUGAAGGCACAGGAGAGGAUUCAGGACCUGGAAGGUCAGCUGGAGGAGGCCCGGCGGAGAGUCGCGGGGGCGGAGACGGAGGCGCAGAAGGCGGAGGAGGAGCUGGCCGUGGCCAAGGAGAGGCUCCUCCUGCAGGAGAACGAGCUCCUUUGCAAGUCGGAAGAGCUGCUCAGCCAGUGCUCGUCCCAGAGCAGGGUGUCGGAGGAGGCCGAGGAGCUGCGGGCACAGGUGGCACACCUGCAGAAGCAGGUGAAGGAGCUGGAGCUGCAGACCAGCGGGAAGACCAGCGACCACGCCCGACAGGUCAAACAGCAUGUGGAGGCCCUGUCGGCGCAGAGGCAGGAGCUGCAGAGGGCUCACGCCGAGGAGCUGUGGCACGCCCGGCGGCAGGCGGAGGAGGAGAAGAGCCGUCUGAAGGAGCAGCUGAGGAAGAGGCUGGAGGAGACGAUGAAGAAACACGCCGCCGAGCUGCGGAGCGCGCACGCCACCGCCGAAACCGAGCGGAAGAAGGCGCAGCGGGAGCACAAGGCACAGGUGGAGGAGGUGAAGCGCAGGAGCGAGGAGGAGCGCCAGGAGGUGGAGAGAGAGAGGGAGGAGCUGCAGAGGAGGCUCCAGGAGUCCGUCCGCCCGGUUACCCCCGGAGGACAGCUGCCCUGCUGUGCCAAAGUGCGAGAGGAGCUGGAGCAGGCGCUGCUCACCAUGAGGCAGACUAAGGAAGACCUUGAUCAGCUGAAAGAGAAACACCAAGCUGAGAUUUCAGCUCUGAAGAAGGAAAAACUGACACUGGAAGACAGAAUUUUAGAAAAGGCCCAGAAGUACCAGGAAGAAAAAAAGCGGUCCGAAAGCGAGAGCGAGUUUCGGCGGCGCGAGCUCACGGAGCAGCACCUGGCGGCCCUCGCCCGCCUACGCAGGGACAAGGACUCCGAAAUCAAGGAGAUAACGGAGAGCUUUCAGAGAAAGCUGAAGCUAGAGGAGAAGAGGUUCGACUCUGUGGCAGAUAAGAGGAGUAAGGGAGACUGCCACGCUGUCAUAGACAGAGAUAGCCUGGAGCAGGAAAUCAAAAAAACCAUGACGCUCAACAACAGCCUGAGGGCACAGCUGCAGUCCACCAUUCAGGAGAGCGAUCAGCUGAUGCAGCUCCCGGACAUGAAGGAGGUGGAGGGGAGGCUGCGGCAGCAGCACGAGGAGUCGCUCCGGGGGGACUGGCUGAGCCAGCAGCAGGCCCUUCGUGCCCUGGAGGAGCGCAGCCAGGAGGAGGUGCAGGCUGAGAGGCUCCGGCAGCAGGCCCAGCAGAAACUGCUCCUGGACAGGCAGAAGGCGGAGCUCACCCAGCAGCACGCGGAGUGGUGCAGGCAGCUCACGCAGCGGCACAUGCAGCAGAUCGAGGACCUGCAGGCCGAGCUGCACACCCACACCCAGCUGGUGGCCCUGCAGCAAGACUUUAAGCAGCAGAACCAGGCGCAGGCCUUCGAGAGGCAGCUGGAGGACAGCCGCGCGGAGGUGAGCGGCCUGCGGAGGGAGAACGGCGAGCUGAGGGAGCAGCUGGCCGCCCUGCAGUCCCAGCUGGAGAGCAAGACCCAGGAGCUGAGCCGCCUGCGGGAGGCCGAGCAGCAGCACAGCUCCCCCGUCCCGUCUCUCAGGUGCUGGGACGAGGGGGCGAAGGGGGGCCGGCCACACCUGGAGGCGGACAGCCUGAGGCGGGAGCACCGGAAGGAGAUCCAGACCAUCGUCUCCGACUUCAGCAGCGCCCAGACGCGGCUGCAGGCGCGCAUCGUCUCCCUGGAAACAGAACUGAGGGAGAAGGAAGAGAAGAUGAAGAGGCGGGAAUCGCGGAUAGAGGACCUGCAGGUGAUCGGGCUGCUCCAGGACAAGCUGAGUGAGAGAGACCAGCUCAUCAAACGGCUGGUGGAGGAGAGGCACCAUCUGCAUCAGCACCCCCUAGUGGUCGGGGACAGCUCCACGCUGAAGAUGUACGAGAACAGAGCUCAGCCCGGGAGCCUGACUCCAACCAUGAGGAAAAAGAAGAUGGAGGACACGCCGCCCCGCGUGACCAGCGUCCCGAACCUCAGCUCCUACGAGAAGAGCUUCCUGGGGGCCGAGGCCGUGGCGGGGGCCCCUCCCCCGUCCCCGUCCCCGCACGCCGUCCGGUCCCCCAGCUUCGAGCACGGCCGCAGCACCCCCAGGACGGCCACGCCCACCACCCCGCUCCCGCCCCCCCUCCUGGAGCCCCGGCAGGGAGGACGCUACAGCCGAGGGUCUUCCGCCGACGACUUCCAGCAGAGCGCCAACAGCUAUGGCCAGCCGCCCAGGACCCCUUCGGAGCAGAGGUCCCUCGAACCCAGGCCCGACCCUCACGACCCCCAGCGGCAGGAGUGGUUCACCAAGUACUUCUCCUUCUGACAGCCAAUCGCAGAACUGCAGACUACCGCCAGGAAGACGCCGCGCGCGGCCGCGUACGAUGGUCGCGCUCGUGCCGACAGGCCUCUCUGACAGGGCCGCGUUUCCGGAAGGUUCCUAAGACCAGGCCAUACUGUGUGCAUAUUCAGUGACAACAUAACUAUCGCAUCAAAUAAAAUAUUUUCAGUAUUUUA